GCUGAUUUGUUGCUUCUUCCAUGGGUCCGACUGAACCUGAACUCGACAUGCCUUCUCGGUUUCGCACAUGGCACGAAGCUGCAAGACUUUUCGACUUGCACCGAAGCGACCGAACACGACGGGUCUCUCGGGUCUCUUCUUGGCCUCUCAUCCACUGUCCAACUGUCAACAAGGCUCUCCUGAGUCUCCUCUGCCCAGCCGCCAAGGAACACGUUGAGAUGAACCAAAAGAAAUUCCAACCAUUGGCUGGGCCACCGACAUUUCAAUCCAAAAGACCCCGUGGUGCCCUUCGUGGUCUCGCCUUUGUGACCCCAUGGGCCGACCGUUGGAAUCGACUUGUCCAGCCAGCCGAUGUCUCUAGAGCAAGAGAGCCAAACCCAGAGACAUCAUUGAUAGUAUCCGCAAUACCUCAUCCGUUUGGAUUCCCGUUGGUCCCCAUCGGUCAUCCGCAUCUUCGGGCUCUGUUUGGCGCCAGGCUUGAUCUGAUUCACUGACUUGAGAUCCAAGCCGAGACCAGAGCCGUUCGGUCCAGCGCCACGAGGCCACCAACACACUACUCUCAAUUCUGCAUACUAGUGUAUCAGAAGGCAUCCGGAUUCCGAUGUGGUGUGGAACGGUGACACAGACGUUGAGCACGAACAGGGCCAUAAGAUGCGCAGCUAUCGUCGUAUCCAUUUGGGACCCAACCAUUUCCCUCCCUUCCGGAAUUCUGGAAGACACGGCAACUGACG